UUUGUUGAAGUUUCAUACUCUGAAGUUUGAACCUCUCAAAAGUCUGUGGGGAAGAAGCUUGGAAUCUGCAAGAGUAACAUACAACCAUUUUUCCGCACUAGCUUUUUUUGUUUAUAUUUUUUUUUAUAAAUCUUGCAAUUAAAUUGAACCAAAACAGAUUCAUAAAUACAGGGAAUCCAAAAGGACCAAGUCCUAACCUAAAAACUCACAAAAAUCUAAACCCAAAAGAACUAAAUCCGACCAAUAAUCCAAUCCAAUCAACCAAAGACUGAUAGACCACCCAAAAAAAUAGUGCCACACCACUAGCAUCGCACCAACAAACCACCUCCUUGUUGCCCAUCGAUCGCACCUUGUCCGUCACAACAGAGAGAACAUUGAGCAAAUCCACACAAUUACAACACACCCAAGCAAAACCAGAGGAAGGAGAAUAAAAGCAGAAGUCGACAUGACCCAACAGAUGCACAAAACACCACUGCGUUCCUCAUCCGGCUGGAGAUAACCCAAUCCUCAAACACAAAACACCUACUAUCAAUUUUUUUUAUUCUUCAGUUCAUCUUCUCUGAUCAGGAGGAAAAAAAAAUGGGUGGCCAUCUCUUUCUGCUGCCCCAUGUACACUCCUUCUUCAUCCUCUUCUUUCUCUUAAUCUUUGUUCCGACAUCUUAUUGUGAACCCGAUGAGGAUUUUUCAGAGUGCUUGGCACCGUUCAGCUGUGGAAACCUCUCAGAUGAUCUUUAUUAUCCUUUCUGGAGCGAUAGUCGAUCUCAAAUUUGUAGUCUUGAAGGGUUCAAGCUGCAGUGCCAAGAAGGUCGAUACCCUAUUAUAUCUAUAAAUAACGAAGAUUAUUAUGUAAAGUGGGUAGAUCUACCCCAACGAAAUAUGACCAUUGCUCGAGUGGAUUUGUCGGAAGAUGUUUGUCCACGUGAUGAUAUCGCCAACACGAACAUGACCGGGACUCCGUUCAGUUAUGUGCCACAGCUUGAAAACAUCACUCUGUUCUACGAUUGCCAAAACCAGAUAACCAUGGUUCCGGUUACAUACAAAAUUACUUGUGGUAGAAAUCAGGAACAACCGAAUGCAUUUUAUACAACUGAGGAGCUUUUGAGAGUUUGGAACAUAAAGCAGCCCCCACUUUGUCUCAGAGUGGAAGUUCCUGUUCCAAGAGUGGAUGCUGAAGAAGUUAGCGGGGGGCUGGAAGCUUUACGGACAGUUUUGAACCAAGGGUUUAAUGUAACCUACAAUUUUUAUUCUUCCUGCGGCACCAGCUUUAAUCCGGACUUUUUCAGAUGCAUUUGCAAUGAGCAGCCCGAUCUUAUUGGGUGUCCAAAAGGCAAUAAUGGGAAUAUAAAGUUGAAGAUUUCUAUUAUUGGCAUAUCAAGCGCUGGGGUGUCAGUAUUCUUAAUUGCCUGUGCAUGCAUUUGCUGUUUCAAGAAAAUCCCGUCAUUUACAUCCAUAGUUUCCUUAAAGAAUAAUGAAGAUCUUGAGGCCUUUCUGAAAACCCAUGGACCUCUAGCUGUGAAAAGGUACAGCUUUUCAGAAGUGAAGAAAAUGACCAAUUUAUUCAAAGAAAAACUUGGUAAAGGAGGCUAUGGCACCGUCUACAAAGGCAAGCUAUUUGAUGAUCGUCUUGUAGUAGUGAAGCUCUUGAAUGCAUCCAAAGGGGAUGGACAAGAAUUCAUCAAUGAAGUUGCCAGCAUUAGUAGAACUUCUCAUGUUAACGUUGUCUCUCUACUGGGGUUCUGUUUGGAGGGUCAGAAAAGAGCUCUAAUCUACGAGUUUAUGCCGAAUGGAUCUCUUGAAAAGUUCAUAUGCCAUGGGAGAACUCCGAAAGAAGAUCAACAUUUGGGAUGGGAAACUAUGCACCAAAUUGCUAUAGGAAUAGCUCGAGGACUCGAGUACUUGCACCGUGGAUGCAACACAAGAAUUUUACAUUUUGACAUCAAACCUCAAAACAUUCUUCUAGAUGAAAAUUUCUGUCCAAAAAUUUCAGAUUUCGGACUUGCAAAAUUAUGCACAAGAAAGGAGAGCGUUGUGUCAAUGUUAGAGGCUAGAGGGACCAUUGGGUAUAUAGCACCAGAAGUGUUCAGUAGAAACUUUGGGGGAGUUUCAUCAAAAUCUGAUGUUUAUAGCUAUGGGAUGAUGAUUUUCGAGAUGGUUGGUGACAGAGAGGAAGAAGAAGAUGAGGCUGGAACAGAUAAUACCAGUGAGAAAUAUUUUCCACAUGGUGUUUAUACAUGGCUUGAGCUAGGUAAGAAAUCUGAAAUUCAUGGGGAAAUUUCCAAUGAAGAGAGUGAAAUUGUGAGGAAACUAUCAAUGGUUGGCUUGUGGUGCAUCCAAACAAUUCCUUCUCAUCGACCAACCAUGAGUGAGGUGAUAGAUAUGUUACAAGGAAGCAUAGAAACCCUCACCAUUCCUCCAAAGCCUUCUCUAUCAUUCAUUCCAGCUUCUGAGCCAUCAUUAUCUUUUACCAUAUCUAUUACUGUCUGAGAGAUUUUUUAAUUUCUUGAUGAAAGUGUUAUCUGCAAAAGAAAUAAAAGUAAGGUGAUUGAUACCUAUUGAUAACUAGUCUAAUAUUCAAGUUGGUAUUAUAACCAAAAAAAUUUAGAAUGAAUUGAAAUUAUUUGAGUGCUUAGAAAUUGCGUAACUUAAAUGUUGAUUGUUUAUAAUUAGUGAUAUUUAAGACAAUUGGAUAGUGAAUAAUAAAUCUCAAAUUUAUAGAGAUUCUAUUAAUUAUGUAUCAACCACGGACAAGACUAGUGGACCCUUGGCUCUACAUCGGACAUGUCUUCUUAUCAAAUAUGGGUCUUAGAUAUUUUUUGCCUAAUCAACUAAGUAGUGGACCAUUGGCUCUACA